UGCACGGAAUCACCUUUCGUCACAGUGCCAUGUUAAUCUGCAGAUUACAUCGAACCACGGAUGAGCAAUUCGACUGGAGAACGACGUCCGCUGCAACAUGGGUGAAAAAAUCGAGCAUUCAAAUGGUGUAUUCAAUCAAGUGUUUUCGGUUUGCACUAUAAAUCUGAUACAUUUCGCACAUGGCGCUACACUGGGUUGGUUGUCACCGUUUCUGCCCUUACUUCUGUCAGAAAAUUCACCGUUGGAUACAGGACCAGUAACGGUGAAACAAGCCUCAUGGAUUGGGGCGAUUCUUUGCUUGGGUGCUCUGAUCGGGGCCAUCAUUUACGGGAGUCUUACAAACAGACUCGGUGUGAAGCGAUGCAUUUCGUGCAUAAUAUUUCCAAACAUGAGUUUCUGGCUGUUUGUGUAUUUCGGAACAUCGGUUUAUCAUCUGUACAUUGCACGGUUUUUGGCCGGGGUAACUGGAGGAGGCGUCAUCGUAACAUUUCCUCUUUUCAUAGCAGAUAUUUCCAAUAGCAGAAUUCGUGGUAUACUUGGCUCAUGUCUAGCUCUUUCCGGGAAUUUGGGAAUCCUAGUAAUGUAUAUAAUUGGAGAUAUUCUUUCGUACAAAACUGUGCCUCUUGUUAUGAUGACUGCGCCUCUUCUAUUUGGGAUUCUCAUGUAUUUUAUACCAGAAACCCCACAAUCAUUGCUUAAAAAGCGAAAGAUUAAAGAAGCUGAAAAAUCUCUCCAGUUCUUCAAAGGAUUCACAGUUAAAACAAAAAAUACAGCCGAGUUCCAACGCAAUUUUGAAGAACUGCAGAACUUCGUUUCAAAUAGUAAAUUUGAACAUACCAAACUUCAAUUAAGUGACUUCGCAUCACCGCAAGCGAAAAAAGGAAUAUUCAUAGGAGUUUUUCUAAUGUUUUUAAAUCAAUUUUGUGGCGUUCUUGCGAUUCUCACCUAUGCAGUGUCAAUUUUCCAGGAGUCAGGAUCGAACAUAAGUCCCGGUGUAUCAGCCAUAAUUAUUGCAGCGAUUCAGAUAGUUGGAACGGUCGCUUCUUUUAUUUUCGUUGAUUUAACUGGGCGAAAAGUGCUGCUAUUGAUUUCUACUUUGGGUACGGGUUUGGGAGUUAGCUGUCUCGGAACGUUUUCAUGGAUGAAGGAGCAACAAUUCGAUUUAUCGGGAUAUGGUUGGAUUCCGAUUGUUAGCUUGUCAGUUAUGGUAUUUCUCUUCUGUGUCGGAUUGUGCAAUAUUCCAUUUUUCAUAAUACCCGAAAUCCUUCCCACAAAGAUACGCAACGUGGGAAAUACAAUCAGCAUGAUCUCGAUCACCAUAUUUGCUUUUGUUGUUCUCAAGAUACUGCCAGUUUUGCUUGAGGAGAUUAAGCUUUACGGCGUGACCGCAUUAUUUGCAUGUACCUGCUUCAUAGGCGCUGUUGUAAUAGCCAUUGUCGUCCCAGAAACUAAGGGGAAAAAUCUCGUGGCUCCCGUGAACGUUUAAUAAUAUUAUUCAGCAUAAGUUACUUUUGCACCUGUGAUCACUUAUUCAUCUAUCCAACUGACUGACUGUGAAACUCAAUAUUGAAAAAUCCUUGCAGUAUCUAAGUAAAUGUUAUUGUUUUAAUUAAAAAAUAACAAACAAUAUGUAUAAACCAUUCUCAAUUAAAUUGAUAGUUAAUCUUUGUCGAAAUACAUAAGUAGAAA